AUGUCCGAGCCCUACAGUACCGUAUGCGAUUUAGCCGAGAAAAGGCCCUCGAACAUAUUCUUAAAAGUAAAGAAACCUCUAAGCAAUACUACGACUCACCAUCUCGUGAAGUUUCAUAUAAGAACCCUCCUGCAAAAAUGCUUCGCUGGGAGCAGUAUUACGCCGAUUCUUCAAAGUCCCGGACUAUACUUCGACCCUUCGACCACGAUACGUUUUUAUCGCGAUUCCUGGAACGUGGUAACCCAUAUAAACAUUAUCUCUCUCGACCCUCACCUAAAGAACAUUGAACGCUUACUAAAUGAAACUACCACUAUUUGCAACAAAAUCAACCUAACAUCUCUCUUUGAUUGCAACGACAUAGCAACAUCUACGCAAAUCCUACUCGAAUCUAAUUUCGCCAAAUCAUCAUCCUUGUCUCACCUAUUAUCACAUAACACCACUGUAAACACUAAGCUCAAAAGAUCAAUUGAACUUGGAGGCAAAAUCUUAAAGUUCUUUUUCGGCACCCUAGACGCGGAUGAUGCCCGAAAAUACGACAGUGCCAUAGAAUCUUCUCAGAAAAACGAACAUGAAAUCUUCCAUCUCAUGAAAGAAAAUAUGCAUAUAGUCAAAUCGAGUAUAAAUGCUUUCAACUCAACCAUUUCUAAAUUAAAUUCUAAUGAAAUAAAAAUAAACUUACAGCUAGAACACAUGACUCAGGCCAUAUCUCAAGUUACAAAAGUAAAUGAACAACUAACCUACAUGUCACGUGUCAACAACCUAGUAAAUGUAAUUGAGAGCUCAUUACUCACGAUCUCCAAUUACUUAGACUCUAUUUUAAAUGCUAUUUUAUUUUCUAAAGCUAACAUCCUUCACCCCUCGAUCUUAUCUCCGAUGACGUUAUAUCAUGAAUUAACUGCAAACAAUAAGAAUGCCAAUACGAACUCCAACUUUCCGGUCCCAGUAACAAUAGAAAAUAUUCACUCCAUUAUUGACAUAUCUAAAUUAACCUCCUACUAUUUUAACAAAAAGAUGGUUUUCGUAUUAAGUAUACUCCUAACAUAUCCAGAACGAUACGUUGUUUACAAAUCCCUUCCAUUACCAGUACCCCACGAAAUAGAAAACCCUAAUACUUUCUCUCUCAUCCACCCUACUAGCUCUUACAUUGCGAUAAGCGAUAAUAAAAUGCAUUAUACUUUAUUAGAUGACCUAAACAUUUGCACUACAGUGAAUAGUGAAUAUUCCAUCUGUCCUCUUUUAACUAUUUAUUCCAGCAUCAGUAACCCAUGUUGCGAAACUCGUCUUUUCACAGAAAUUCCCAAAUCUUUACCAAAAGAGUGUGACUCAAAAUUGAUUUUUGGUGAUGUCGAUAUUUGGCAUGUACUAAAUAAUAAUAAAUGGAUUUUUGUUCAAUCAAAACCCUGUCACCUAACUGUAAAAUGUAAUGACAAUAUCGAAGACUAUUCCGUGUCCGGCACGGGAAUUCUCAAACUUACCGAUGAUUGUGUUGGCUUCUCCAAAACUAUUAAACUGCUACCUAGCAUGUCCAAAGAUGUUUCAAUACAGAGAAUGCUCAACCGACCCUGUCCGUUGGCCAUGCUGCCAGUCAUUUUUGCCGGCAAAACCCAGCUUUGCGAUUGGUCCGUCGACUUUGUUGACAACCAAUCACAAACCAUCAAAUACCAGCCUCUGAUUGGUCAGCCAAUCAGCGGCAAGGGAUUUGACAAGUCUUCGUAG